GGCGGUGCCGCGGCAGCCGCUGCGCCCGCGCUCCCUGACAGGCGGGCGGCGGGAGCGGCGGCGGGCGGGCAUGUCCCUCCGCGCCGCGCGCAGGUGGUGGCGGCGACGGUGGCGGCGGCGCCGCCCCGUCUCUCCGUGACUCCCGCCCGGCCAUGGCCGGCUCCGCGCCCCGGGGGGGCGAGUGGCGCUGCAGCCGCCGCUGAGGAGAAGCCGCCGCGAUGAGGAAGGGCCGCUCCCGGGGGGACAAAGCGGCGGCGGCGGCGGGGCCGCCGCCGCCGCCGCCGCCGCGGAGGGAGCCCGGUCGGGCGGUGGCCGCCAGCGCGGCGGAGCGGAGAGCCACCCUGCUGGGGGGCGGCGGCGGCAGGAAGGAGCCGGAGGACGCCAGGGCCGCGGGGCCGCUGGAGAGGGAGAUGAUAACAGAGUCCACUCCAUUACGUUGCAGGAAGCUCAGCAAUCCUGACAUCUUUUCAUCUGCCGGGAAAACCAAGCUCCAUCGUCAGCUAAGUCAAGAUGACUGCAAGCUACGAAGAGGUAGUUUGGCAAGUUCUUUGUCAGGAAAACAGCUACUUCCCUUAUCAAACAGUGUCCACAGUGGAGUGGGACAGACGAUAUGGCAGCCACCUGGAGAUACCUCAAACCUGGUCCGCAUGAGAAAUCAGUCCCUCGGACAAUCUGCUCCUUCACUUACUGCUGGUUUGAAGGAGCUCAGUCUCCCCAGAAGAGGAAGCUUCUGUCGGACAAGCAACAGAAAGAGUUUGAUCGUAACAUCCAGCACAUCUCCAACUCUCCCACGACCGCAUUCCCCUCUUCAUGGACACGCAGGUAGCAGCCCCUUGGACAGUCCCAGGAACUUCUCUCCAAAUGCACCUGCUCAUUUUUCCUUUGUUCCUGCCCGAAGCCACGGACACAGAGCAGACAGAACGGAUGGACGCCGCUGGUCCUUGGCCUCCCUUCCUUCAUCUGGAUAUGGAACAAACACUCCCAGUUCAACAGUUUCAUCAUCAUGCUCAUCUCAGGAGAAGCUGCACCAGCUGCCCUUUCAGCCCACGGCAGAUGAACUUCAUUUCCUGACAAAGCAUUUCAGUACUGAGAGCAUCACCGACGAGGAAGGGCGCCAUUCUCCAGCCUUGAGGCCUCGAUCUCGCAGUCUCAGCGCAGGCUGCAUGGUAAUUGCAUAUGGAUCUCCUAAAUGUAGUUACACAGUAAUCUACAGGAGCAGCCCGGGUCGCUCCCCAAUUUCCUUUGACAGUGAAAUAAUAAUGAUGAAUCAUGUGUACAAAGAAAGGUUUCCAAAGGCCACGGCGCAGAUGGAAGAACGGCUGGCCGAGUUUAUUGCCUCUAAUGCUCCAGAGAACGUGCUGCAAUUAGCAGAUGGGGUCCUAAGUUUCAUUCAUCAUCAAGUUAUUGAACUGGCCAGAGAUUGCCUAGAUAAAUCACGUGAAGGUCUUAUUACUUCUCGGUACUUUUAUGAGCUGCAGGAAAACUUGGAGAAACUUCUCCAGGAUGCCCACGAGCGAUCCGAGAGCUCCGAGGUUGCCUUCGUUACCCAACUUGUGAAGAAGCUGAUGAUUAUCAUUGCACGUCCAGCUCGGCUGCUUGAGUGCCUGGAGUUCGAUCCUGAAGAGUUCUACCAUUUGCUAGAAGCUGCAGAAGGCCAUGCCAAGGAAGGGCAAGGAAUUAAAUGCGACAUUCCUCGUUAUAUUAUCAGCCAGUUGGGACUCACCAGGGAUCCCCUGGAGGAAAUGGCCCAGCUGAAUAGCUAUGACAGCCCAGACACUCCUGAGACAGAUGAUUCAGUCGAGAGCCGUGGGGCCUCUGUCCAGUCAAAGAAAACUCCAUCCGAAGAAGAGUUUGAAACUAUUAAACUGAUCAGUAAUGGUGCUUAUGGAGCGGUGUAUUUGGUGCGACACAAGACCACCCGUCAGCGUUUUGCCAUGAAGAAGAUCAACAAACAGAACCUAAUUUUGAGAAACCAGAUCCAGCAGGCUUUUGUGGAAAGAGAUAUCUUGACGUUUGCUGAGAACCCUUUUGUGGUCAGCAUGUUCUGCUCCUUUGAGACCAAGCGCCACCUGUGCAUGGUUAUGGAGUAUGUGGAAGGAGGUGACUGUGCUACCCUUCUCAAGAACAUUGGUGCCCUACCUGUUGAUAUGGCGAGGAUGUAUUUUGCUGAGACUGUUCUGGCAUUGGAGUAUCUACACAAUUAUGGGAUUGUUCACCGUGACUUAAAACCUGAUAAUCUCCUGAUAACUUCCAUGGGUCACAUUAAAUUAACAGACUUUGGACUGUCUAAAAUUGGAUUAAUGAGUCUUACAACAAAUCUUUAUGAGGGACACAUUGAGAAGGAUACCAGGGAAUUCCUGGACAAGCAGGUCUGUGGGACUCCGGAAUACAUUGCGCCAGAAGUGAUCCUGCGCCAGGGCUAUGGGAAGCCCGUGGACUGGUGGGCCAUGGGAGUUAUCUUGUACGAGUUUCUAGUCGGCUGCGUCCCGUUCUUUGGGGACACUCCUGAGGAGCUGUUUGGACAAGUGAUCAGUGAUGAAAUUGCCUGGCCAGAAGGUGAUGAUGCACUGCCACCAGAUGCCCAGGACCUCAUUUCUAAGCUUCUCCGCCAAAAUCCUCUGGAAAGAAUGGGAACAGGUAGUGCCUUUGAAGUGAAACAGCAUCGGUUCUUUAAAGAUUUGGACUGGAAUGGAUUACUUCGGCAGAAAGCUGAAUUCAUCCCGCAGUUGGAAUCUGAGGAUGACACGAGCUAUUUUGACACCCGAUCAGAACGGUACCAACACCUGGAUUCAGAAGAAGAGGAGGACACUAACGAUGAUGAUCAUGUGGAAAUUCGGCAGUUUUCCUCAUGCUCGCCAAGGUUCAGCAAGGUGUACAGCAGCAUGGAACGUCUUUCCAUCCACGAAGAGAGGAAGACUCCACCACCAACUAAACGGAGUCUGAGUGAAGAAAAAGAUGACCGGCUGGACAGCCUUGGCGGCUUGAAGAGUCGAGACCGCAGCUGGGUGAUUGGGUCUCCUGAAAUAUUGCGUAAGCGCUUGUCUAUGUCUGAAUCCUCGCACACGGAGAGCGACUCCAGCCCACCCUUGACGGUCCGACGACGCUGCUCGGGGCUUCUCGAUAUGCCCCGUUUUGCCAUCUCUGCUGAGGACGAGGGAACUGUUCUCAAAAGGCCGCAGUCCGAGGGGAUGCUCUUAUCCACUGUGCAGUCGCGGGAGGGGCUGCCGGUGCCCAUUCCAGAACAGCCUGUGGAGCAAGAGCUGCAGCUGGAAGCUGAUGCUGGACCCACCACCCCCUCCACGGCCGUCAGCAGCGCCUCAACGCUGACAGCUGGGAGCACUGCAGAUUUCUCUGAUCCACGCGCUCGCAGUAAUAGCAAUGAAGGCCCAGACUUUACCACUCCAAAAGCCAUCAGCGAUUUGGCAGUGCGGCGGGCACGACACAGGUUGCUCUCUGGGGAAUCAGGGGAAAAACGUACCUCAAGACCUGUCAAUAAAGUGAUUAAAUCGGCAUCCGCUACUGCCUUGUCUCUCCUGAUUCCCUCAGAUCACCACACGUGUUCUCCAUUGGCCAGUCCAAUGUCACCUCAUUCUCUAUCCUCCAACCCAUCUUCGAGGGACUCCUCACCCAGCCGCGACUUUUCUCCUGCUAUCGCAAACCUGAAACCACCAAUCAUCAUCCAUCGGGCUGGAAAGAAAUACGGUUUCACUCUCCGUGCCAUUCGCGUCUAUAUGGGUGACAGUGAUAUCUACACUGUGCAUCACAUGGUCUGGCACGUGGAGGAAGGUGGGCCAGCGAACGAAGCAGGUCUGCGUGAAGGGGAUCUGAUAACCCAUGUCAACGGGGAGCCGGUCCAUGGGCUGGUGCACACGGAGGUGGUGGAGCUGAUUCUGAAGAGUGGAAAUAAAGUGUCCAUCUCCACCACACCAUUUGAGAACACGUCCAUCAAAGUUGGUCCAGCUCGAAAAGCCAGCUACAAAUCCAAGAUGGCUCGUAGGAACAAGAAGAGCAAAACUAAGGAUGGUCAGGAAAGUAAGAAGAAGAGUUCUUUGUUGAGGAAGAUCACUAAACAAGCAUCGCUGCUUCACACCAGCCGGAGUUUAUCUUCACUAAACCGCUCUCUGUCUUCUGGAGAAAGCGUGCCUGGCUCUCCAACUCACAACCUGUCUCCUCGGUCGCCAACGCAGAGUUACAGAUCCACUCCCGAGUCUGUACACUCAGUUGGUGGCAAUUCUUCCCAGAGCAGCUCUCCCAGUUCCAGUGUUCCCAAUUCUCCGGCCAGCUCUGGACACAUCCGACCCAGCUCUCUGCAUGGACUAGCACCAAAGCUUCAAAGGCAGUACAGAUCUCCAAGGCGUAAAUCUGCGGGAAACAUCCCUCUGUCACCGCUAGCUCACACUCCGUCACCAACCCCACAGUCCACGUCACCGCAGCGCUCCCCAUCUCCUUUACCGGGACACUCAGUUGGCAGCUCCAGUAUUAUUCAGUCUUUUCCAGUAAAACUACACUCCUCUCCACCGCUGGUGAGACAAAUUUCUCGCCCCAAAAGUGCUGAGCCCCCGAGGUCUCCUUUGCUAAAGAGAGUGCAAUCGGCCGAGAAACUGGCUGCCUCGCUGUCCUCUUCUGAGAAGAAGCUGGCUUCCUCGCGUAAGCACAGCUUGGAUAUCUCUCACUCGGAAUUUAAGAAGGAGAUGCUACAGAGGGAUCCCAGUCUCCAGAGCUUACAAGAAUCUGCGAAUGAAACAACGGGUGGCAAACUUGGGCUGGCGGAAAAAGGGAUGUUGCAGAAGCCGGGUUCUCGGAAGUUGGGUGCUAUUCGGCAGGACAGGGUGGAGAGGAGGGAGUCUCUGCAAAAGCAAGAGGCCAUCAGAGAAGUAGAUUCUUCCGAAGAUGAAACGGAUGAUGGUUCGGAAGAUAGUCAGGAUGGGAGAAGACUGGACAAGCCCCCUGACGGUGGAGACCAAGGCUCAGAUUCUUUUAAUGAGGAUAAUAAGUUUUCGUCUAAAUUGGAAAGCAAAGACAGUAUUGAAGAUGAUGCCUUUCUACCUGAAGAUCCAAAAGGUACAGAAGAUUUGCAGAAGGGAAACAAUCAACAAGCCAAGGCUGUUUCAGAGCCACUGCAAAUCAGCGUGCACCCUUCCCCAUCAGAGGUCCCCCCAAGAACUUCUCCAGAAAAAUUAGCUAAUUCAGAAAAGCCAUUCCUAAGAUCAGAAACAGCUGCAAAGGAACAGAAAGUGCCAGAAAACAAAACUUCUGAGUGUCUUGGUCCAAAAGACAAGUCUUCUGAAGCAAUCAAAGACCUAGGGAGAACUACAAGUACUCAAAAAACAAUAGACCGCACAGAACAUGUACAGUGCCCAUCUAUAAAACUCCUGGGACUUGAAGAAGGUGACUCUUCAGGGGCCUCGUGUGGUAAGCUUGACCUGAAAGACCCUCUGCUAACAGAAAGCAGUCAGAAAAAACAGGAUUCCAAACCUCUGCUGGCACUUUCUUCGUGGUGCACGGCAAGCGUGAGCCCUCCGCUCUCGGCGAGCCCCGCGGAUCGUGGUGAGAAGGAUCGCAAGGAGACCCUUCAGCCUGCACAACAGCACAGCACUUCGUUUCUGUCUCCGGGAAGCGCGAGCGAAACGUCCCGAAAAAGCCCUAGUACUGAAAAGCAGCCCAGCUCGUCCCAGGCAGAGGGUGCUUCAGCCGCCAGCAAAACGAGCCCGGCAGGUCCCGCGUCCUCCACGCUCCUCGUCCCCGGUGCUUUCGAAAGAGCUCUCUCCGUGUCUCAGUUAGUGCCACUAGCUCAGAGCGUGUUAGGCCCUUUGAAGCUCAGUAUAUCUGUUUCCGGAGAGGUGGAAAAGAGAAAGGAUUUCCCCCAUUUGGGAGCCUCCUGUAAAGAAGAGAGAGAUUCCAAACAAAAAAAGCAGGAAACUUCACAAGCAGGAGCGUGUCAAGAGAAAGCCAAACUAUCUAGCACAGACGGUCUGACCACGAGGAGUGGGUCCUGCGCGGAGUCCUUAAACUCGGCAACGUGUCCCGUGGUGGCAAAAAAGGAGGCAGCUUUCUGCAGCGCUAAAACAUCUGAAGCGUUGGGAGGUAGCUGCAAAAUCACUCCGUCGAAAGAGCCGCCUCACGCUCCUGGACAAGCAGCUCUGAGAGCCUCCCCUCUGCCAGAUGGCAGCACGAGGCCCUGUAAAGAAGGGACUCCCGCGCAGGCAAAAAGCAAAGAGGUUGGAAAUCAGUUAAAAAUACAAGACUUUCCCCUGUCACAUGAUGGUGCUGUAAAGAAAACAUAGCAGCAUCCCCGGUACACGUGGACUGGAGCGUUCUACAUUCAAAAUAGAGACUGCAUGUUUGAAUUUUGUAAUAUACACUAAUAUAAAAUAGAACUUGUGUACAUCUAUUUUUGGGAGGGUUUUUUUCAUACUGUUUUUUGUGUUUUUUCAUCCUUGCUAUUCUAUUUUUGUACACAGUAAUGCUUGCCGUUUGAGGUCUCUUUAGAACAGGGUAUCUUUAAAGCAGGGCUUAAGAAACAGUUUGUUGAUUUUUAUUUUCUUUUUCCCUUCCAGACCUUUCAUUUUGCCCAAGUUGAGGGCCGGUUGUGCUCUUCCCUCUAAUUCCACAUUUAUUUGAGAUCCCAAAAAUUCUGAGUACAAAAAAAGGCAGCUUACUUUUGAAUUUCAUUGAAAUUCACAAUUUUUUUCCUUCGAAUUUACAAUCCGAUGUCCUUUGACAAGCAGAAGAAACUACUCUCUUGUCCGCAAGUUGUUCUGGAACUACAAAUCCUCUUCGGUGCAAGUAGAACCUCUUUGUCACCAUGUGCAUUCCCAGUCCUCCACGCAUCCUUAGCGGAUACAGAGGCGAGGGACUUGGCUGGAAGGGUCGGACAGAGAGAGAGGACUGUCAUCUCUUAAUACCAAUUAAAAUUAAGUUUUCAAUGGAAUUAUCAGAAAGAGAAAUCUCCAAUCCGUAAGCUGGUUUUUUUUGGGAUCGUUUUUACUUAUCCUUUAUGGGACACAUGGCAACUUUUCCCUCUGUUUUUAAAAUUUUAGUGAUAUUUUGUCUUCCUUUCUCUGGCUUCAAUUCAUAACUUGCCCUGCCUCGGAAUAAAUGACCCCGGGAAAGGGGUGCCUUGUAGGUCGAUUUUAAGGUAGAGAAAUCUGUAGUCGCGUGUUCUCCAGUGUGUCUCGGGCAAAGUUAUCUCAACGAUAAAUGACCUUUGGAGACUUUUCCUUCUCUUGGUGAGUCUAAAUAGGUAGGGGUUUUAAGGUGUUCCUUAACAUUUCGGAAUUGGGGCUUGGGAAACUUGCUGAGUUUUCUGCAUCUGCCCGUUUUAAAAACUAAAAAAACGAACCUAUGAAGAGUUCUGACUCCUCGAGUUCUGUGGACAAGCUGCAAGCAGACUUCAAAACACAUGUGAUAUUUUAAGAUUUCAGCUUUGAUAGCUAGACCAUUUCCACUGCUGAGGUCACUUUCCAUUAAAAAAAAAUUACUCUUUGCUCUUAGGUUUAGACAUUGCUUUGCUUUACGUGUGACCGACUCUGGAUAACAGUGCUCUUUGCUGAGGAGUAGAUCAGUAAUAACACACCAAUAAACGUGUCGAGUGGUGA